CUUACUGCUCCGAUACCCCUAUCAUCUUUGAGCGGUUAUGUGCCUUCGGCCAGCUACAAAUCCUUAGGGAAUCAAGGAACAAGAGGCGAGAGAUUCGACCGCUUUUUCAUGAAUUUGUCGACGCCAGAUGAUCUGUAUGGCUGUCUGAAAAGCCAGCCAGGUGCUUGUGCGGAGAUAGGCAGGGUCAUCUGGUGCGAUGGUGGUUUCUGGACCUAUGACAAUUCCAAGGGACGUCCUGGAAUCACCUUGGGCUACGAUAGCCACACUCGCAUUUCUAUAAUUUCUCCCACGUCAACGAAAUCUCAAGGUCGUACCGACACACACCUAUUCCUUGCCGGCAGCCCAGAUACCCAAGAUCGCGCAGACCUGCAUUUUGUCGACGGCAGCAAUAACAGGACUUAUAUGCCAAAAGACUGUUAUUUCAACUAUAGGGAUACCUGGGCCGUACCUCACGAUUGUGUCCGGCCCUUGGAUAAAGGCAUCAUUCGCGUCGACAAAAACAGUCGGAUUUUUGAUACCCAAAACAAAUUUGCGGAAGCCUAA